AUGGGGUGGGGUCACCUCGGAAGGCAUGGCUCAGACUCCGACGACGGCACGGAGGCCGGUCCCAGCACCGCUGCCACCGAGCCACGGCGGUUCCCUCUGGCGGCUCAGCCGGAAAUGAUGCGCGCCGCCGAGAAGGACGAUCAAUACGCCUCUUUCGUCUACGAAGCCUGUCGCGACGCCUUUCGCCACCUCUUUGGUACCAGAGUUGCGGUGGCUUACCAGAACGAGACGAAGCUCUUAGGACAGAUGCUUUACUACGUUCUCACAACUGGCUCGGGACAACAAACCCUUGGAGAGGAAUACUGCGACAUCACUCAGGUCGCAGGAACUUAUGGACUUCCUCCUACGCCUGCGAGGCGUGCUCUUUUUAUCGUAUACCAGACGGCUAUUCCAUAUAUCGCAGAACGAAUUAGUUCUAGAAUUGCCUCACGAGGCAUUGUCCUAGCUGACUCAGAGUCUGCUGAGGGUUUUGGGGAAAAUGUACACAGGAGCCAUGGUUCUCAGAUUACUGGCACUGGUCCUUUAUCCUCGUCAGGACAAUCUGUUACAACUCUGUCAAGGUUGAAGGGGAGACUGAGUGCAUUUUGGUUGCAUUUUGUUCAGAGAUGGCCUACGAUGCUCCCUUUUGUUCGUGAGUUGUUGCAGUUGGCUAUUCGAGCUAACCUCAUGCUAUUCUACUUUGAAGGCCUAUAUUAUCAUAUAUCCAAACGUGCUGCUGGUAUUCGUUAUGUAUUUAUCGGAAAAGCAUCAAACCAAAGACCUAGAUACCAAAUACUAGGAGUAUUUCUGUUGAUUCAACUUUGUAUAAUAGCUGCUGAAGGGCUCCGUCGAAGAAAUUUUACUUCAAUUGCUGGCUCAGUUCAUCAAGCAUCCUUUGCAUCCCACGAUAGAUCAGCAGAACAUUAUUUACCUGUUUUAAACGAAGAGGGUACUCUGGCAACUCCAGAUGUUGACAAAGGAAGUUGGGUCUCUGAUUCUUCAUCUUCCGAGCAUCAUGCAGCUAGUGGGGUUAGCAAGUGCACACUUUGCCUGAGUGAUCGUCAAUACCCAACAGCCACUUCCUGUGGCCAUGUAUUCUGCUGGAACUGUAUCACAGAAUGGUGCAAUGAAAAGCCAGAGUGCCCUCUUUGCCGCACCCCCAUAACACACUCGAGUCUAGUUUGUGUAUAUCAUUCGGACUUCUAG